AUGCUACUACACGCGUCACCUUUUGGCGCGAGACCAUCAGUCAAUCAGCAGCUUCUAACUGAACGGAAAUUGUCUUUCCCUCUCACAAACAAGAGAAAACUGGAGGGUAUUUUGAUGACGUCUAUUCCAUACGCUGGCCAGGAGACUUGGAGUCGACUGGCCCAGCCAACGCAACGAAAUCGACAUUCCCGGCCAAGACUUCACAAGCUGUUGCGGGGUAUCUUCCUGGCUACAGCGGCUUCAGUUGUAAUAAUUUUAGCAUCGUUAUCCAUAUGCAGAACUCUCAGCGGCAGGUACAAGUUCUCAGGAGUGACGCACAGGGAGCUGGCUGAGGGCGGGGAGGGCAUCGAUGAAGAACAGCAUGCCAUCAUAGAAGGGUGUUUGGAGUUGGAGGAGGAGAUGGGGCUUAUGGAGCACCGGGCAGCUUCCGCUUCUGAAGGAGACUGGUCAAGCCGGGUAGCGGAGCUAGUUUCAAUGCUGUCAGGGGCCGCCGCAGCUCAGCAAACAAUGCAAGAACAUGUUCAAACCGAGCAGCAGCUGCAAUUAGGCAAGCAGUUUCUGGAGGGACGAAGCGAUUUGGAGACUGAAGACGUUGAACUCGGAAGUGUUGAGACUCCUGCAUUCCAUGCAUCCGUUCAACCAGGUGGACCCGGUGGUCUGAUGCCGGGUCUGGAACCCGAUUCGUGGUUAGAGGCAGUUCCAAGCAUCACCCGUUCUCCUGAGGCGCAGGGAGUAGCUGGGCCUUCACCAGUUACUGACGGUGCUUCAAACGCUGGACAAGCUUCAGCGUCACCUGCACCGAGGCAAGGGGAUGGAGGAGGCCUCAAAUAUCUCCUCAACGUUGGCGGCAUUCAAAAGCAUCCGUACGUUCGGCUGCCAGUCCUGCAGGAAGGUGUCGUUCCUAGGCCCAUCCGCGUAUCUGUGCUCUUUGAUAAAAGCUUUAGGAGGCCCUCAUACCAUUCCUACCUGCUGGCACUGCGGAGGUUAUUUGCAAAGGAUACACUUGACCAGGAAGAUGUAAAUGUUAUCGUGCCUGCCGUUGAGAAACUGGUGAAUACAUCGUGGUUCCAAAGCCGAAGUGGACCAAGGGGUCCUUCACCUGUUAACAUUGCUGAGACUUACGGUUGUUAUUUCAUGGUAUUCGAUGCCGUCGUGUGUGCUUCUCAACUAUUGGGGGAGCAUAUGCAGCGUCAUCUGUGGUGGGACAAAUUCAUAGCAAGCUUCAACACGAAUUUCCCUCUUCCCGUUUCAGGGCGACGUGAAUGCGAGCUUACGAAAUUUCAUGUCGACUUGGCGAAACGGCUCGCCGCUGCCCUGGAUAUCUACAAACAGGGAAUCCGCCCUGCACUUUCGGAAGUAUAUGCGCUGAAGAAAUUGCUGUUCUGCUACCCACUUGGCCACCACCGGUUAAAGAGUUCUAUAUGGGAACCAUGGCAAAAAGAUGGAAACUGCUAG